AUGUCAAUAGUUCGUUCAUCUGUCCAUGCCAAAUGGAUCGUGGGGAAAGUGAUUGGGACAGCCAUGCAAAAAACCGCUAAAGUGAGAGUAACCAGGCUUGUCCUGGAUCCCUAUUUAUUAAAGUAUUUUAAUAAACGGAAAACCUACUUUGCCCAUGAUGCUCUUCAGCAGUGCACAGUUGGGGACAUCGUGCUCCUCAAAGCUUUACCUGUUCCACGAACGAAACAUGUGAAGCAUGAGCUGGCUGAGAUUGUUUUCAAAGUCGGACAAGUCAUAGAUCCGGUGUCUGGGAAACCUUGUGCAGGGACUGCCUACCUGGAGAGUCCAAUCGGUGUGGAAGCUACCCAUCUAACCAGCACUCAGGAAGAACACGGUGUCUCUUCACAGCAGUGA